AUGGUAGCAAUGGUUUCGCCAGAAAAUGAGAAGGAAGAAGUGGCACCGAUAACUUCAAGCAAAGGAAAAUUAGGCGCACACGACAUGAUCCAGUCUACCAAAAGAGAAACAUCACCUGCAAACUCAGAUACGGAGAGUAAAGAUUCAGCGGAGGAAGGCGAAUUAGACGAGAGAAAUGAUACCAUUCCACUAGCAGACGAUUCUUGCGAUAACAAAACUGAUUCGACGAAACCUUCAGCGCCACCUCUACCAACUGAGCUGCCACCAGCUACACGCGAAGCUGAUGAUGGCUGGUCACCAAUUUGGGAAGAAACGGCGCAAGGUUUCUACUUCUUCAAUCGAUUUACUGGGGCUUCACAGUGGACUAACCCACGCGUGCCUCAAGCAGUAGUACCACAAAAACCUUCUGGCCCACCAGGAGUUGAUGCUCCAUCGUCUACAUCCGUCUUAAUGUCUCCUCCACCCGUCACAGUACCUGGCUAUAAUCCUGCUAUUCAUGGCGACUAUGAUCCAAACGCCUGGUACGCGCAGCCUUUAUCCACAGAUCCCAUAGUAAACCCUACAAAUCACAAUCUAGAUCCCUCGCAGCAGUAUGCAGCUACAGCAGCGUUUAAUCGAUUCACAGGUCGAUUUCAAAGCUCAGAAAUUACUCCAGAAAAUUUUAAUGACGAGAAUAAGAGCAAGCGACAAAUGAAUGCAUACUUUGAUGUUGAUGCUGCUGCAAAUAGCCAUGACGGUCGCAGCUUGAAGGCUGAAAGAAGCGGCAAAAAAUUAUCAAAGACAGAGCUCAAGCAAUUCAAGGAAAAACGCAAAAUUAAAAAGGAGGAAAAAAGAAGGGCUUGGUUACGAGAUUAA